GUGGCAUCUAAGUAGCAUUUUUCCUGGAAGGACUCCCAGAUUUCCGACAUUUUACUGAACGGUUGACAGCAGAUUUUUCAAUGUUUUCGAUAUUGAAAGGGGCCAGUUCUAGGGCAUGCGUUGCAUCCACGGUCCAGAAACGUUUCUUGUCCUUACAUGAGUACCAGUCGAUGAAAAUUCUGAAUUCAUAUGGCGUUUCGACUCCCAAGAGUGUUGUUGCCAAGUCACCAGAAGAGGCCUACGAUGUAGCCCAGGGGUUCGGCAAUACUCCACUUGUCAUCAAGGCUCAGGUUCUAGCUGGUGGUCGUGGAAAGGGCAAGUUUGAAACCGGAUUACAAGGGGGCGUACAUUACAUUAACAGUCCUGAGCAAGCAAGAGAAUAUGCCAGCAGGAUGAUCGGUUCCAAGCUCAUUACUAAACAAACUGGCGCUGGUGGCAGAAUUUGCAACGCUGUUAUGUUUGCUGAGCGGCAUGAGUCCUCUCAUGAGUACUAUGUAGCAGUGCUCAACGACCGUGUGUCUCAAGGACCCAUUCUCAUCGCGUCAAGUCGUGGCGGCAUGAACAUCGAGGAAGUCGCAGAGAAAGAUCCUGGAGCAGUGGUUGUGACCUCCAUUGACUAUGAACAAGGUAUCAAUAAGGAUGAUGCACUCAAUAUUGCAGACAAGAUCGGGAUCAAGGCUCCUCGUGCUAAAAAGCAGGCAGCUGAUAUAUUUAUAAACCUCUAUAAGAUUUUCAAAGACAAGGAUGCAACUCAAAUAGAGAUUAAUCCCAUGACAGAGACAGUCGAUGGUCAGAUACUAUGUAUGGAUGCCAAAUUGGCUUUUGAUGAUAACGCAGAGUUUCGACAAAAGGAUAUUUUCAAAUUGCGCGACAUUUCCCAGGAAGAGCCCUCUGAAGUGGAGGCCCAGCAAGCAAAUCUCAACUUUAUCAAGUUGGAUGGUAGUAUCGGGUGUUUAGUCAACGGUGCUGGCCUGGCCAUGGCGACUAUGGAUGUUCUGUCACUGCAUGGCGGGAAUCCAGCUAAUUUUCUGGAUGUUGGAGGGGGUGCUACCCCCGAUACGGUAAAGAAAGCUUUCGAGAUUCUCUUGGGUGAUCCAAAAGUCAAGAGCAUUUUCAUCAACAUUUUCGGAGGUAUCAUGAGAUGUGACUACAUUGCAGAAGGAGUGAUCAGAGCUACCAAAGAACUCUCUGUAGGCAUACCACUAGUCGUUAGGCUCAAGGGUACAAAAGAGGUGGAGGCAAAACGGAUGAUUCAAGAAUCCCAACUGAAAAUAAUUCCUUUUGACAGUUUGGAUGAAGCUGCUGAUAAAGCCGUAGAAUUAGCUCAGAAUUAGAAUAAGUUCAUGUUUCGUGCCGACAAAUAUCAGUAUUUUCCGUCGCUUCGUUUUGUAAUACUUUGCACUGCACUUUUGGGGAAAAUGAUGCUGACUUUGCCUUGUCAAAAA